AUGAGAGACCGAACUAUCGAGAAAUCCAACACAACCCACUCGAGAAAUAUCAACAACAAUCAACCACGAAAACAAGCACAAAAACCCCAGGAAAAAAACAUUCGCAAUCCAAAAAAAACGGAACCAACGACCACCCCCUCUUCCCACACCCCUCCCCCGCUGUCAGCGGAGGCCUACACUCGCCCCCACCACCUUCCCUACCUCCCCCAAUCUGUGCCCCGCACACGAGCUGCCCCCCCCCCAAACGCCGCCCCCCACACGCUCCGCCCCCCAAUCUCCUCCGCCUCCCUCCCCCGGCCCCCUCCCCCUACCCUCCCACCCUCUCCCUACGUCCCCUCCCACCGUACUCCACCCCGCCCUCCCCCACACCUCCAACCGCCCCACCCCCUCCCCCCUCCCCCCUCCCCUACCGCCACUCCACCUCCGCCGCACCGACCAUCCCCCCGCACCUACCCCCCUCUCCCCCUCCACCCCAUUCCACACCUAAUAUGA